CUUUUUUGCCACUAGCGGUCACUGUUGCCCUAAAGGUAGGAACUGUGUUUUCUGACAUAACGUUCAGGGGGAAAUAAAUACCGUAACACGCGAUUUGAUGUGUAGCAUAAAGCUUUGACAUAACUUGGAGGAGUUUCUUGGAUAUGUUUUGUCCAGAAGACUAUGUUGUAAUGCUUUGAAAUGGCUGGACGUAUUCCUCUGUUUUUGCUGGCCUGUGGUUCCUUCAACCCCAUUACCCAUCAGCACAUGCGGCUGUUUGAGCUAGCCAGGGACCAGAUGCACCAGACGGGUCUUUAUCAUGUGGUGGGUGGCAUUGUGUCUCCUGUCAGUGAUAGUUAUGGUAAAACAGGGCUUGUUGCAUCGAAACACAGACUCGCUAUGGCAAGAUUGGCUUUGCAGAGCUCGGACUGGGUUACUGUUGACGAAUGGGAGAGCCAGCAAUCUGACUGGACAGAGACUUUGGUGACUAUGAGGUACCACUUCAACCGCGUAGCUGCUAAGUACCAGCGUAAAACAGGAGAGCUCAAGGACCCGCCCACAAAUAGCUCUGGGAAGCCCCACCCACAUUUCACCACGUCUACCUACAAAGGCUGUUAGGCCGCUUUUCAACAGUGCUUUUAUUUGGGGUUGCUGUAGAGGAGCAUGCUAAUGAAGCCUAAUACCCUCCGCAGGAUGACUUGGACUUAAGACAUCCAUGCUCAGACUAUUAAUGAAGCUGAGAUUAAUAGCCGGCAUCUCUGUAAAAACAAGAAAGUGGCAGGAAAGAUUAAACACAGCGCACAUGCACGCUUAUUCGCAUACACACAGAAUCUGAAUGCUCGUUCUGAUGCCGCUUUCAUGAUUUUUAUUUUCUUUUGUUAGACUGUGGCAAGAGGAUUACAUAAAGGAACUCCUACUCCCUGUUUUACAAUGAUAAAUAAACAUAUCGGUGGAAAUUAAACUAAAGGAUAAUUGAGUCUGUUUUAUUUUAGAUUUCACGUUUAAUUAUCAAAGGGAUUAUUCGUGUUUGAAAUUUAUGUUAUGCACACCUCAUUUAGCCUCUUCAGAGGAAUUUGGUGCUUAUUGAAUUAAGCCGUUUAAUGACUGUCUUGAAAUAUUACUGGGGCUAUUGAAGUACAAAAUGUUUUUGUGUAUUGUGUUUUUCAUUACAAUAAGUGGAAAGGAGGUUUGAUGUUCCCGGCUUCAUGCAGUCUGUAUGUAUGUUUUAGGGUUAUGUUAAGUCACACGGAGCAGAAAUAAAAGGCUUUAGUGGGCCCAUGAGGUUCAUUUCCUGCCCUCAAGCAAUACAUGUCUGCUCAGACAAAAGCCACCGUUCAGACACACAGUUAUUACUAAUACAUUAGGAGUUUAAAAGGAUUUCUGUAUGUUUCCGGUCAGGAUAAAAAUUAAAUAUACAUUAUAUAUAAUAGAAUAUAUGGUACUAUUUGGCACAUUUUUGUCCUCAUAAAUAAAUUAUAGUCUAUUAUACCAUCGUCUAAGCGCUAGGAUUGUACUCUGAUAGUUGGUUGUAAAGAUAUGUAGGUGCUAGACCAUUUAAAGCUUUAUAAAUAAUUAGUGAGAUUUUGAAAUGUAUGCAUUAUCUACAAGUUACUAAAAUGCAAGUAAAUCAGUCCUGGCAAUUUUCCGCUAUGAGAUGUUGUGACCAGUAGUAGUAAAUUACCAGUAUGUAAUGCAGACCGCCAUGAGCAUCCGCUAACAUAAAAUAAUGGGCUUUGCAUCAG